AGUAGUCGGUCGGUCAGUCGAUGACAAUCGCGUAUAUUUCGAUUUUAUUUUCGUGUAGCCGUUAUUGUUCGUUAUCGUUCGUUUACGCGUAUUCAGUUUUAUGUUCGUUAUCGUUCGUGUGCGCGUAUUCAGUUUUUAUUGAAUAUUUGUUAUUCAAGUGUAUAAUUUUUUUUAAAUUUAUAUUUUAAAAUGAGUAAACCUAUGAGUGGAGUACAAAAGCGCAAAAAAAAAAAUAGAACAAAAAUUGAAAGAUGCUAAACUGCCCAAAUUAGACAGUUUUUUAAAAAAUACAGUUGAAUCUACUUCGGAAAAUCCUACUAUAACUACAUCUGUUUUUGAAAUACCACAUGAAAACUCCGAAAAAAAUAACGUUAUCGAUAUUUGUCAAAAUAUGAACAAUACUGAUGAUUGUGAUAUAUUGUUAAGUAAAAAUAUGACGAUCAUUUGCACAAAACAGUAUCCUACUGAUAUAGCUAAUUAUAUACAAAAUUCAGUUCUGAGACAUCUGAGUGUAGAAGAUAAACAAUUUAUUGUUGAACAUGGUCCUUGUAGACCAAGUGGUCCUUUCAGUCGUAAUGCGGUUGGACGAUGUUUUGACGAAUCAUUUUAUUACACCGUAUCAAAAGCUGGACUGCGUAUUUCACGAUCGUGGCUUUGUUAUUCACCGGAGCUCCAUAAAUGUUACUGUCAACCUUGUUGGCUUUUUGGAGACAAUAAUAUUAAGCACCAAGAAUGGAUACGAGGCUACUCUGGACAUAAUUAUCAAACAACUCGAACACCGUUUUAAUGUGACGGUGGCCACCGCAGAAAGAAGUUUUUCUAAACUCAAAAUAAUUAAAAACUAUCUUCGAAGUACGAUGUCUCAAAUUUGUCUGUCAAGUUUGGCAAUAAUAUCAAUAGAAAAGAAAAUUGCGAAAGAAAUUAAUACAUCAGAUAUUAUUUCUACUUUGGCAAAUAAGAAGUCCAGAAGAAUGUUUUAAGUUUUGAGUUAAU